UAUCAUAUGCUGGCUAAACCUCCACACAGAAGCAAAAUGGCCGAUAGUAAACUAACCGAUCAUACAGCGUCUGAGAGUCAUCAAGGGGUUAUGCAUGUUUUGUUUACAGCUUGAGAACUACAGUCGCUCAAAAAGGAUAUUCGCCUUUCCUCAUUUUUUUGUACGAUAAACAUUUCGCCUUUCGGUGAUGUCAUUUCUUAUUCAAUUUAGCCUUGAAAGCCUCGAAGAACUAGCUCGCUAGGCUAGCUACCUUGCUAGCCUGCUAGCGGUAGGUCUGCAAGAAUUUUUGCACAGAAGCACUUUAUGUCCUAUGUGAUUCCCGAGACAGGAGAAUCAGGAAAGGGAACAGUAGUUCAUGGAAGACAAGAAAAAAAAGAAAGAAGAUAAAAAGAAAAGGGAAGCCUCUCAGAAGGUGCCAGAACAGAAAAUCAAAGUGCCAGAAUCAGCCAAGCCCCCCUGUUCCCAGCCACUCGCCACCCCAGGCUCAGUGUCCCCCAGCCCUGGCCCUGUUGUCCCCUCAUCCCCCAGUCCUGGUGCAGCCGGGGUUUCUGCACAAGUUCCUCCUGGUGGCGGGAACAAUGCAAAGCAGCGGACUGCUGUGGCCAACGGACAGCCCUCCUCCUCCCCCUCUGGAAGCCAGACCUCCCAACAACAGCGAUACAUGUCUAGAGAGGUUCCACCAAGAUUUCGCUGCCAGCAGGACCAUAAAGUGCUACUGAAGAGGGGCCAGCCACCGCUGUCCUCCAUGCUGCUGGGGGGUGGAGGAGGGGAAGGGGGUGCAGGAGGGGUUGGAGGAGGCAGUGGCUGGUUAGCCACCCCACCUCUUUCCUCACAGGGAGCAGAUAACCCCAAUGCAAACGUAACUGGAGGCACAGAUUCCAACCUGGGUUCAUCCUCCGCUUCACCCCCCAAUUCCUCCUCAUCCACAUUAUGUGUCGCUGCUCUGUCGUCUUCUUCUACUACUACUACUACUACUUCAACUUAUGCAAAUUCCACAUGGGGGGCAGGCUCUGGCAGCCCGUCCUUUUCUCAGGGCUGCGGGAAGGUGAUUGUGGAUGGGACUGACCUGGGGGAUUGGCCUAGCAUCCUAGGCGGGGCCAAAUUGAGUUCUGAUGGGGCUGGAGGAGGGGUGCAGGAGCAAGACUGCCCUGGUAACAACAACAACAGUAGUGCCUCAUGGAGUGAGAGAAACAUCCAGCAGAAAGGAGGAGCAGUAGGAGGAGGAGCAGGGAACAUGGACAAUCCUUCCUCACCUCGUUCUUCUCCUCUUUCCUCCUCUUCCUCGCUUAAUGAAUGUGUUCAGUCAAGUGGUGGUGUGUGGGGCUCUUCCACCUCUUCUCAGGUGGAUGCAGGGCUAGGAUCAGCAGCAUUUUACAAUUCCAAAGUCUCCCAUCUUCUUCCUGGGCCUCAGGAGAGCCCUGUGGGUGGCAGCAGUAGUGUCCCUGGUGCCAAUUUUAACCCCAACGUGAACCCCUCUGCCUGGCCUGCCCUGGUGCAGGGUGGGACAUCAACUUCGGCUAGCGACAGCCUUCCACUACACUCGUCCAUUACUUCAGCUUCCUCGUUCCCUGCCAGCACCACCCUCAUUGCCACUCACUCUCUUUCAUCUGUGAAUCAAACUGGUCUCCCUCAGCAGCACACUGAGACAGCUGUGGGAGAACAGCAGCAGCACUUAGGAAGCCUUGGGCUGGAGUUGGGUUCAGGCAGGGGAACACGAGGAGCAGGACCAAAUCAAGAAGGUGGCGAUGACGGUGGGGUUGCUAGUGUUGAAGGAGAAGGAAGUGGCAAUCUUUCUGGUUCUUCGUCUUCCUCCUCUGCUGCCUCUUCUUCUUGGAGAUCCAUGCCUCCAGUGUCCUCUGACCUCAGUGCACGUGCCUCACAGGCAGAUGGUUGGGGUGGAGGAGGGACUGGAGCUCAGGGGCAGGAAGGGAAUGUGUGGGGUGUUGGUAGCCAGGGUGACAAGGCAGGGUGGGGCACGGGAAAUGAUGGUGGCUCAAAUACCCCAGUGGUAUCUCAGGGAGCGUGGGAAGGAAGCAGUUCAGAAGCAGAGUGGGGUGGCACAGUGGGAGGUGUAAGUUCGAGUAAUUUAGCAAUAGGAGGUGGAAGAGGAGGAGAUGGGAGCAGCAACAGCAGCAGUAAUGGAGGCAGUGUAGGUAUUGGUGGCAGCGUUUUGCAGGACUCUGCCUCACCAAAGUUUGCAACUAUGACAAAAGCUUGGGACAAUCAGAAAGGGAUGGAAAGUGGGGACGGGGCAGUUGGAGAGUGGGGUGGAGGAGCAGGGCAGGGUGGAGGCACUGGAGGUGGAGGACCCUCAUCCUCUAGCGGAGGAGGGUCCAUAGCUGGAAGUGGUGGAGGAGGGAGUGAUAGCGGACAAAAGCAGGAGCAAGCCUCGUCUGUACUCCACUGUCCCCAACAGACCUCCAAUGCUGAAGUGGCCUUACUCAGCAUGCUCAAUCGAUCUGACCUGGACCCCAGGGUUCUGUCUAACACGGGCUGGGGGCAGACCCAGAUUCGCCAGAAUGUGGCUUGGGACCUUGACACCACAACAAGAGUAGGAAACAGAAAUGAAAGAAGUACUUCAUCUUCCUCUGCAUUCUCAUCAGCAACCAUGAACACUACCACUACUCGCGGUCCAGGGUACCCGUCUAACGCCAGUUCAAUAACUAAUGAUCUAUCUGCUGGCAGUCAUACGACCAGCCUGAACUCUGGCCCUGCUACAGUGAGGGAUGGCUGGGAUGGUGGUGCUACACAGUCCACCUGUGGUCCUCACAUUCCUGGUAGCACUAUGAGGAAGCCAGGAACGCCAGAAGAAAAUAUGGAGGGCAACCAGGUGAAGGCAGCUGGAGGCUGGGGUGAUCUCCCACCUGAAAACCAGGGCAAAGGAUGGGGGGCUGAAGAACAACAAUGGGGGGAUCGCAGAGGUGGAGGAGGGAACUGGAGAGACUUUGGAGAACAGGGUAGUGGGUGGGCAGAUGGUCCAGAAGAUAAAGGUACAGGGGGAUGGAAGGGGACUGGAAGAGGGGAGGCAGGUGGUUGGAGAGGACAGUGUGGAGGGGGAGGAGACUGGGGACAGAGAGACUCUACACCUGGAGGUGGGUGUGGAGAUGGGCGAAGCAGAGGUGGAAGCAAAUCUGAUGAGGGAUCUUCUUGGGGUAAUUUGGAUGAAGGGGGAUCUCAGCGAGGAGGAUGGGGAGGGGGAGAUGUGGGUGGAAGCAAAUCCCACCAGGACUGGGGGAGUGCCAAGCCCCACACAGCAGCACAGAUACCAAACAGCCAAGUGGCACCAAUGAAAGCCCCAAAUCAACAGCAGCACCAAUCACAGGGCCAGCAGCCACAAGGAGGUCCCAUGCAAGGAGGGUGGAACAGCCGGUCCAAUGUUGGAGGUGGAGGUCCACCAUCCAAGAAUCAGAACCAAAGUUCGGGCUGGACCUCCGGCCCCAUCCCCCAAAUCUCUGGGGGUGGAGGUGACUCCCUGGAGCCCAGUGGCUGGGAAGAACCCUCCCCUCAGUCCAUCAGUCGCAAAAUGGAAAUUGAUGAUGGCACUUCAGCCUGGGGAGACCCAACUCGCUACAACAGCAAGAAUGUGAAUUUAUGGGACAAAAACAGUGCUACACCCGGCCAAAGCCACGGUCAGCAGGCCCCACCACCGCCGCCACCACCACCCAUGCAGCAACAACAGCCACCUAGAAGGCAGCAUGGGAUGCAGCACAGCAGGGACACAAAUCCUGGCAAUGCUGCAGUUGGUCCAGAUAUGUGGGGAGGAGGUGCACAAUCUGUAGAUAAUGGUACGGCUGCGUGGGGCCAGGUGUCAGAUGCAGCAACAGGUUGGGGUGAUUCAGAUGAACCCGGCAAAGCUUCUGGCUGGGGGAACCCUUCACCCAACCCUGGUAAACCUGUCACCAAGUCAGUGGAAAGCUGGGGUGGUAAGGCAGAGGCCUCUGUUGCAGCCUCCCGUCACCCCAGCUGGGACGAGGAAGAUGAUGGUGGUGGAGGGGUCUGGAACAGCACUGGCUCCCAGGGAAGCAGCUCCUCCUUCAACUCUGGAGGCUGGGGUCAGACUCAUGGAGGAAAGAGAGGCAACAUCAAGAGUGGAGGAGGGGACAGCUGGAUGAACCCAGUGUCACGCCAGUUUUCAAACAUGGGUCUUCUGGGUGAUGACCCAAGUGUUGACAAAAAGAUGGAAGGAGACAAGAGAGGAAUAACUGACUAUAACGGAGAGAUGCGGAGGGGAGGAAGAGGUGGAGGAGGUUACCGCAUGCCUAGUUCCAAAGACAUGGGUCCUGUUGACAUGGGGCCCUAUGGUGAAAAGAUGGGUGGCCAUGGAGUGUUUGUUGGCAGUGGCGGAGGGAUGCCUCAGUCUCGAGGGAUGCACCAGCCUGGCAUUCAUCCAAUGAACCCCUCCCAAGGGUUGCGUGCUCAAGUGCCUCAUCAGUUCCUGUCUGCUCCGGUGACGGGUCCUAUGCUGAAGCAGAUGCCCUCUCCUGGUGGGAGUGUGGGUGGAGUGGUUGGAGGAGUAGGAGGCGUCAGUGGCGUUGGAAGUGUCGGAGGGGUCGGUGGUGUUGGUGGAGGAGUGUUCCCUCCUCAGAUUUCCCCACAGCAGCUAGCCAUGCUCAGCAACAUUUACCCCCACAUGCAGCAGUUCCAUCUGGCUUGUCAGCUCCUGCUACAACAGCAGCAACAGCAGCAGCAGCUCCUGCAGAACCAGAGGAAGUUCCCUCAGCCUCAGCCUCUCAGGCAGCAGCCAGACCCACAGCAGUUGGCAAGGAUUAUGGCUAUUCUGCAGCAGCAGAGACAGCAUCAGCAGGGUGGAGUUGGAGGAGCAGCAGCAGGAGGAGGGAGCUCCAAACUGUCCCCCUCUCACCUGGGAGGAGGCCUUUCCAAACAGCCCAUGGUAGACCCCCUUCCGCAUCCUGGAAUGGGGGGCCCCUUAUCAGACCUUCAUGCCAAAACACAAGGGAUGUACUCGGGGCUUGCCCCUGGUGGUAACCUGUCAGGACUGGAGCUCAGUCCCAUGAUGGGAGGGAUGAAGGACACAGGAGGACAGCAAUCCCGCUUCAAAUGGAUGAUGGAGGGACACUCCCCAGCUCCAUCUCCCCCUGACACAGCCCUUCACAAGAAUGGCCCUUUACCCAGUGUUAUAAAGGUGAGAGGAGGAUCCCCUUAUUCCCAAUAUGAAAUGCUGGGCGGUGAUGGUUUGGGGAUUCCCCCUCAAGGCUCUGCAGACAACUGGCACCGGACCCCUGGAAGUAAAAUGGGAAACAAACCUCCCACAUCCAGCUGGCCUCCAGAGUUCCAGCCCGGUGUGCCCUGGAAGGGAAUCCAGAGUAGUGGAGACCCAGAGUCUGACCCCUACAUGACCCCUGGUAGUGUUCUUGGCUCCCCAGGACCCCCGAGCCUCAACGACUCUGACCACCAGUUACUGCGAGACAACAUAGGGCCAAACCCCUCCCUCAACACCUCGCUGCCUUCACCUGGUGCCUGGCCCUAUAGUGCCUCAGACAGCCCCCUCAGCAAUGCACACAGCACAGGAAAGUACUCGGAGUACAAACCCAGCUGGCCCCCAGAGCCCAUCGGACAAAACAAGUUGUGGAAGACCAAUCGCAACAGCUCACAGCUACCACGCCCUCCUCCUGGCUUAACCAAUCAGAAGCAGGCCUCGCCCUCCCCAUGGGGUAGCGGAGGCCCACGGUUGGCCCGGAGCUGGGGAGGGGGCGGGAUUAAUCAAGAGUCAAGAUUUGGGUCAGGCUCAGCUUGGAGCGAUGGUGUGGCCUCCAGAGGCAGCUGCUGGUUGCUGCUGAGCAACCUGACCCCCCAGAUUGAUGGCUCCACGCUAAGGACUAUCUGCAUGCAGCAUGGCCCCCUGCUGACCUUCCACCUUGGCCUGACCCAGGGCAGUGCUCUGAUUCGCUACAGCAGCCGGCAGGAAGCAGUCAAGGCCCAGGGUGCACUGCACAUGUGUGUUCUGGGCAACACCACAAUCCUGGCAGAGUUUGUGAGUGAGGAAGAAGUCGCUCGCUAUUUUGCACAUUCCCAGGCCGGCGGGGCAGAGGGGGUCAGCUCGGGAGGGGCAUCUGCCGGUGGGACGCAGGGUUCAUCUGGAACAGGCACCGCUGUGGCCAGCAGUGGGGGCAGCUCCCCAGGGAAUGAGCGGGCAGCAGCAGGCACAACUUCAGGUGGAAAUGGAAAUGGUGGUGGAGGAGGAGAAAGUGGAGCAGCGGUUCUAGGUAGUGUGAGGUCCUCUGGCUCUGCCUGGCAGAGUCUUGAUGGUACAGGCAGUUCUUCAGAAACCUCUUCAGCCCAAGGACCCGGGCUGGGGAUAUUUUCCCAAUGGAGCACCAACGGGGCAGGGGAGGGAGGAGGUGUUGGGGGAGUGGAGUCUGGGAGGUCUGGGCUCUGGGGGGGCAUGACUGCGGGAUACCCCAGCAGCAGCCUGUGGGGGGCACCGCAAAUGGAGGAAAGGCACCAAAUGGACAGCCCUGCCGCAUUGUUGCCUGGCGACCUGCUGGGGGGAGGAGCUGAUUCCAUCUGAUGAGCCCCCCUCCAUUUGUAAGUGUAGGUUUGGACACACUGAUACAACAUACACUGGGAUACAUAUGUAUUUACUAUAGCACACACGCACACAAACACAUUUACAUGGUAUGCAUAUUAAUGUGCACACACAUAAAGCAGAAAUGUGAGACAUGCUUACACACAUUCUCGUGGCCAGACUUAAGCUAUUAUAUAAACAAAUGCAGGGACUGUUAGAUGUGUAUACAGCCUUUUUCCACAGAUGAAGAUUUCAACUGCUUAGACUUGAAACCUGAAAAAGAAUGAAAAGUCAGUUGGUCUGAAAGACUUGACUGGAUUGCAAUGUGCUUAGUAAAUAGGGGACUUUUCAACAGAUUUACAUACACAUGCACACACCAAAUACAGACAAGCCUUCAGACAGAUGGGCACUGUAAACAGCAUUACCUUCAUCGUAUAAGAGAACUUAAAACUACUACAUGAUGUGAGGUUAAAGUGUAGUUUGUAUUCACGUCCCCUUAAAAGCGGAGACCGAAUCCAAACAUGCAAACAGCUCUGAUUGAAAACAGAACUGUAUCUUACUGUGUAUGUUAGGUUUGUUUGUUUUUUCAGUUUGUUUGUAUGUAUGGUUUUAAUUUUUGAACAGUGAAAAUAUUGAAAAAUGUCAUUGUUCUGUUUUCAAAAUGCUGACCUCCUACUGUUGUAUCUCACGCACUCUUUCUCUGUUAUUCUCUCUUGAACAUGUUUGUUACUGUUGCAGUGAUAAAUGUUAAAUUGCUGGCAGUUUGAGGCUAUGUUGCAUUUCUCCAUGUGUCGAUACUGUGCGCAGUAUCUCACACUAUAUGGACAUGAGUGUGAGUGAGACUGAGACCAAGUAAGUGGAUUAAACCACCACGUGUGUGUGCGCUCGUGUGUGUGUGUGUGUGUGCGUGCGCGCGUGUGUGUGUGUGUGUGUGCGCGCGUGUGUGUGUGAAUGUGAGGAUAAUGUGUGUGUAUGUUACUGCCUGUCAUAAUGUGGGCAAGGCUGCUUACUAUACAGAAGGUCUAUACAAAAAUGUUUUGAGUGCAUUCGGUAUACUGCUGACUGUGUGUUAAGAAAUAUUGGCACUAAUGCUUUUUUUUUCUCUCAUUUGAAAUUGUUUGUUUUUUUAGCAGACUUGUCUUUUUUAUUGUCCAACCUGCAAUAAUAAAAAAGAACAUUUUAAUGACACAAAGAGCUGAAGGCAUAUGCGUUGAGAAAAUGGACAUGCCAAAUCUUAUCAAACUGUGUGGAGUGGGAGGGGUGGGGUGGGUUGUUUACAGAUGCAGAGUAAGAGUUACCGUACGUUUUUAAUGUUCUGUUGUUGUGUAUUCGUUUUAAAUUAAGACAGGCUUUAACACUCCUGUUCAGUGUUUUCGUUAUGAGAUUUUACAAAGGAAAAAUUUAUUUAAACAAAUGAGAACAAGAUUAAUAAAGAUGAAAGUAUUGGCUUCUAAA